GCAGCGCUUCUCACGCAUGCGCAGUCCGCAGUCUCUUGGCCAUCUCCUGUACUGUCUGCAGUCUCUUGGUCAUCCCCUGUACUGUCUGCAGUCUCUUGGUCAUCUCCUGUACUGUCUGCAGUCUCUUGGUCAUCCCCUGUAAUGUCUGCAGUCUCUUGGUCAUCCCCUGUAUUGUCUGCAGUCUCUUGGUCAUCCCCUGUAUUGUCUGCAGUCUCUUGGUCAUCCCCUGUAUUGUCUGCAGUCUCUUUGUCAUCCCCUGUACUGUCUGCAGUCUCUUGGUCAUCCCCUGUACUGUCUGCAGUCUCUUGGUCAUCUUCUGUACUGUCUGGAGUCUCUUGGUCAUCUUCUGUACUGUCUGCAGUCUCUUGGUCAUCUUCUGUACUGUCUGCAGUCUCUUGGUCAUCCCCUGUACUGUCCGCAGUCUGUUGGUCAUCCCCUGUACUGUCCGCAGUCUGUUGGUCAUCCCUGUACUGUGUCCGCAGUCUGUUGGUCAUCCCUGUACUGUCUGCAGUCUGUUGGUCAUCCCUG